UUUGGUAUUUAUUUUUUUUCAGAUUAAAAAUGGCGGAUCCUUUAACAAUAGACGUAACCGUUGACCUAAAUACUGACGAAUCUCUGAAAAAGGGUGCUCGACUCGUUCUCCAAAGGAUACGCCCUGACUGGGUAGGAGAUGAUAUAGACUGGAAAGUAUUUACUGACGGAAUAACAAAUAAACUGAUUGGUGCUUGGUUUAGAGACAAGCAAGAUACGGUUCUCGUCAGAGUUUACGGCAUUGGUACUGAGAAGAUAAUUGAUAGAAAAACUGAAGUGGAAAAUAUGCGUAAACUUGACGCAAUAAAUGCCGGGAGUAAGCUUUACGCAAUAUUUAAUAAUGGUAUUGCGUACGAGUUUAUACAUGGAUCAACUCUAACUAAAGAAUCUGUUAAGAACCCAGCUGUUUAUCCUCUGGUCGCCAGGAUGACCGCUAAACUUCAUCAUAUUCCGAUCCAGAGUGGCGAGUGUAAGCUAUGGAGUAUGCUCAGAAACUUUAUAGAACUCUGCCCGCAACAACUUGCCUCCAAGGAAAAACAGGAACAAAUGGAGAAGUAUUGCUUUUCUCAAGCAGAAUUGUUUACGGAAUAUAAUAUGCUUAAAGGAAAAAUAGUUGUUUUCAUUGAUAUGGAGUACGCUGGCCCCUCGCUUGCUGCAUUUGAUAUUGCAAAUCAUUUCGUAGAAUUCGUUGGCUGUGGAGGAGAAUUAGAUUUUAUUAACGAUGUUCCUGGCAGAGAACUCCAGGAAGACUGGAUCAGAGAGUACCUCACUGAGUUCAACAGGAUUGCUAACUCUUCCCCUCCAACAAACUCUGAGAUAGUUGCGAUGUAUGACUUGGUUCAGGUGUUUAUGCUUUGUUCUAAUUUGCUUUGGUCCUCCUGGUCAUUAAUUCAGGCGAAGAACUCAAACAUUGACUUUGAUUUUGUGGACUAUGCAAUCCAACGACAGCGGGAGUACAGGAGGAAAAAGGGAUUGUUGGGAUUAUAAACAAAGCGGAACUAUUAUGUAAUUAUAGGGAUUUUCAGAUGAUUUGGAUAUCGUGACUUCUGUAACUAAUGUUUUUUAUAUUUAUACUAACUAUAUAUUAU